AAGGCGGACGCGUGAUAUCCGGAACCAAUUGAUAUCGGUAGCGUGUUCCUAGAGGGACGUUUUUUGCCGUGGCAUUCUUGUUGUCAACAUUUCGUCCAAUCGUACAUGUCAAAGCUGUCUACUGAAUAAAUACAAUUUACAGAAUGACAGAUGGUCCAGAAACGCCGCCUAACUAUGAGGAGCAGUUUGCCCACCGGUUCUCUCUCGAGGACCCGGAGUACCAGCAGUACGUGAGUCGCCCCGCCAACCCCCCGCCACUGGUAGAGGACUGGGGGGGGCGUGGAGGUGGAAACAACCGGGGCAGAGACAACAGAUCACAGGACCGUGGCGGGUACAGGGGCCGUGGUUGGGGAGGGGACAGGGGCAGAGGUUGGGGAGGGGACAGGGACCGCGGGGGAGACAGGGACCGCGGAGGGGAUAGGGACCGCGGAGGGGAUAGGGACCGCGGAGGGGAUAGGGACAGGCGUUACGGCCAGGGUGGUGGUGGGCAUCAGUCUGGAAGAUACAACUCCUACAACCAGAGACCAUCACAGUACGACCGCUACUGAACUCCUCUUACUGUGGAGUGAUCCCAUUCACAUCACCCCGGGGCUCUCCAACCCUGUUCCUAGAGGGAGACCCUCCUGUAGGUUUAAACUCCAACCCUGUUCCUGGAGAGAGACCCUCCUAUAGGUUUAAACUCCAACCCCAGGUGUAACUAACCUGAUUCAGUUUAUCAACAAGAUAAUUAUUAGAACCAGGUGCGUUUGACUAGAGUUGGACUAAAAACUCUCCAGGAACAGGGUUGGAGUUGAAACCUACAGGAGGGUAGCUCUCCAGGAACAGGGUUGGAGUUGAAACCUACAGGAGGGUACCUCUCCAGGAACAGGGUUGGAGUUAAAACCUACAGGAGGGUACCUCUCCAGGAACAGGGUUGGAAAACCCUGCAUUAUUACACACAUACACCUGGCUGACACACACACACACACACACACUGUCCGUAGCAGGUCAAUCUGAUCUCUCACCUCUCUUCCAGAUGUAAUAUUGUAUUGAUCAGUGAUGUCAUGCUCUAAUCCACACAGAACAGGAUUACAACAGUGGUAUUGAUGGUUCCAGCCAGUAGUCUGGGCAUAGAGACACACUAUUUUCUCUAUAGGCCCUUUUCUAUAGUAGUGCACUAUAAUAGGGAAUAGGUUGCCAUUUGGGACACAAUCAGUGCAGCAGAGUCAAAUGUAAAGUUUAAGAUGCUCAUCUUUGCUACUAGUGUGAUGAACUGCGUUGAUUGGCAUGUGGUGUAUUGUGAGGGUGGUUCUAUUGUUUUCAUUUAUUUUGUUUCUCUUGACUCCUAAGACAACAUAUUCAGCUGGUCUGCAUGUUGAUACGGUGUCAUUGAAUCAAUCUAAAAAUGUGUGAUGAAUGAAACCACAUUUGAACAGUCAAUGUAAUCUCUUUUCUUACGUCACAAAUAUGCUCAUUCUUUCCAGUUGAAGAUGUGACUUGGAAUUGUAAUCAGUAACACACAUUUUUUUUUUCUUGUCUGAAAAAUACAAAUAAAUAUUAAAUAAAAAUGGU